UGAAUUUUUGGACAAAAGUGCUUAUACUAUUUUUUCCCACCGGUAGAUAGUCCACUGAACUCUCUAGUUCUGAGAAUAUAAAAGGCAUUCGUUGAAUUCGGUGUUUGUUUGUUUUCGGUUACAGCAUAUCUGUGAUCAUCAAGGUGGUGACACUGACACUCCGGUUGAAUAGUAGAAGAAAAAUCAAUGGACUCUGCGUUGAACGCAGCAUUGGAAGAGAUAUGCACACACGUUGAAGAGGGAAUCACUCUUCAAUCACUCUUCUCUAAACUCCAAUCAAUCAAUCUCAAUCUCACUCCUUCCUUCCAACAAUCAAUCUUCACUAAUCUCCUUCGCAUUCCCACUCUCCGUUUCGAACCCCCUAACCCUAACCCUAAUUACGAUCAAGAAGAUCACAAUCUCAUCAAAAUCUUCCCUCAACAAACCCUCUCCCACAACUUCGUCGGUAUUUACGAUCCCCAAUCACUCCAACAAUCUCAAUUACGCGUCCUUCAUCUUCUCGCUAAUGCUAAACACAACGGUAUUACUCAAACUCAACUCUCUAAACAAUUACGGAUUGAUCCUAAUAACUUUCACUACGUUUUGAGGACUUUGGAGUGUAAGGGCUUAAUCGUCAAACGCUCUGCCCUUGAAAAGAAGACACAAAUUCACACUUCCUCCUCUUCCUCUGUUAAUUAUACACCUCUUAAUAUUACUACUCAUUUGGUUUACUUGCGUCGCUAUGCUAAUAAACCACUUGCUCAGCAUCAAAGAUUUGAAUUUCAAAUCACACAAUUCAAUCAACCAGACUCCCAACAACAACAACUACUUCAAACCCAUGUUCGUCUUGCCGAUUAUGAACCUCCAAUCAAAGCUAUUUGUGACAAACUAGCAAAUGCCAAUGGCAAGGUUCUUCUCGUGUCUGAUAUUAAGAAGGAUCUUGGUUACUGCGGAUCGCGUCCAAAACAAAGAGCUUGGAGACAGAUUGCUGCCAGGUUGAAAGCGCAUCAAAUUGUGGAGCAGUUUGAUGCUAAGGUCAAUGGCAAGAUAGAGGCUUGUCUGAGGCUUCUUGACCCAAUAACUACUGAAUCUGGAAAUGAAGAUAAAAACUCAGACUCUGGGAAUAUAUGUCAACUCACAGAUCAGUUGGUGGAGCUUCCUAUUGAGCAUCAAAUUUUUGAUAUUAUUGAUACUGCAGGAUCAGAUGGCAUUACUAUAAAGGAGAUAUGUGACAGGCUUCAGAUUGAUCUGAAAAAGAAUCACAUUCGACUUGUAAGUCUGUGCCACAGGUUUGGAAUGAAAGUGCAAGAAGAACAGUGCCUUAAAUCUAAGACAAUUAGAGUUUGGACAUCUAGAAAUUUCAAUUCUGAACUUGAAGUUGCACUUAUUCACAAGCUGGAUGAAAAUAAAAUUUUGGACCAUCACCUGUGUGAUAGUUCUUCAAAAAUAAGAACUGAAUUUGAGGCUUCAACUUUCAAAGGAGAACUUGUUGACCCUGACAAAUUGGAAGAUGUAGGAGCUGGUGCAAAACUAUCAUGCGCAUCUCCAAACAAUGUAGAGUCUAACUAUGUAGAAGCACCAACAAAUUUGCAAGGGCCGGUCCCUGACCAAAGGGGUACCACUUCUCACAGCAAACCAGUCAGUUUACCUAUGGAGGGAAACAUUGCAUUAUCAAAAGCUUUUCCAUCUGAUGCAUUGACACCAAUCUCUGCUAGAUCAUAUCAAAGAUAUGCAAGUCUAUCGUUGUCAGCUGAUGGCACUAAAAAGGCUAUCAGGAUACUAGAAAGAUUAAAGGAUGAAAGGUAUGUUUUGAGACCAGAGCUAAAUAGAUGGCUCAAUACCUUUGAGAAGGAUAAGUCUAAAAAAGUGGACCGUAAAACUUUAGAUCGAAUAUUGACUAAACUUCAGGAACAAGGGCAAUGCAAGUGCAUAAAAAUACGUAUCCCUGUUAUUGCUGAAUAUUCAAAGACCACAGAUUGCGUGAUUGUUGUGCAUCCAUCCGUAAGUCUAUCUCCUGAGUUACAUGAUGAAAUGCAAGAUAAAGUGAGAUCAUUUAAAAAUGAUAUCCACAGCAAAAGCACCCGUCCACAGAAAAAUGAUGAAUUGAUACCUGUAAUGGAGAAUGUUCAGAAAACUCAAAGCCUUAUAGUUCCAGGUCAUCAGGCUGAUAAAGCAGAAGCCAUGCGUGCUAAUGGAUUUAUAAUAGCAAAAAUGGUUCGUGCAAAGCUGCUGCACAUUUUUCUUUGGGAUUAUCUGCAUAGGUCAGAAAACUGUAGUGAUGCUGUAUCAUCUAAUGGGCUAGCUGAUAAUCCUCAUAGUAGCAGCAAACUAUUUUCUCUAGACGCAGCUAUUAACGCAAUUCCAGUGGAACUAUUUCUACAAAUUGCUGGCUCCACUAAAAAAUAUGAAGAAAUGAUUGAUAAGUGCAAGAAGGGUUUAUGUCUCUCUGAUCUUCCUGCAAUUGAUACUCUUGCAAUUGGAAGACUGUCAUUAAUUAUUGACAUUUUAAGGCGGUUAAAGCUCAUUCGGGUGAUAAUUUCACAAUCUAUAGAUGGAGUUAAAACCCCACAUGCUUUGACACACAUGAUGGAACUUAGACCUUACAUUGAGGAACCCCUUUCAAAUGACGCAGCAUCUUUAAAUUUUACGUCUCUUGAUCUUCGACCAAGGAUUAGGCAUGAUUUUGUUCUGUCUAAUAGAUAUGCAGUUGAUGAAUAUUGGCGAACAUUGGAAUACUGUUAUGCUGCUGCUAAUAGAAAAGCUGCUUUAUAUGCAUUUCCUGGAUCUGUGGUCCAUGAGGUUUUCCGCUUCCGGUCAUGGGCAUCUAAUCGUCUAAUGACAGCUGAACAACGUGCUGAGCUUUUAAAGCAUGUUACUAAGCAUGAUCUAAGUGAAAAAAUUUCGUACAGGGACUGUGAUAAGAUUGCAAAAGAUCUGAAUCUUACCUUGGAGCAGGUACUUAGCAUGUAUUAUAGUAAGCGUCGCCAUGGCCUUAAUCAGCUCAAUGAUGAAGAGAGUGAGGAUAAUUCACUUGAACGCAAAGGCAAUUCAUCUUUUCGCAGGAAGAAAGAUUCUCCCGAGUUGAGGCCAGCAAAGCAUGCAAGAAUUGAUGCAGCAACUGGUGUUAUGGAGAAACACAUAGAUGACCAACAUAUGGGUAUUUAUUCAGAGGAGCAAGCGACCCAUAUGCAAGAGUUUGAGGAGGUUAAUUAUGAAAUUGAGGGUUCUCCAGACUGCUCUCCAUGUAUUAGCCAGCGUAUCUUAACUGCAACGAAGGCACCACGCCAAAGAAGAUUCAUAUGGUCAGACAAAACUGACAGGCAAUUGGUGAUCCAAUAUGUUAGAUACCGCGCUGUUCUUGGUGCUAAUUAUCAUCGUGUAGAUUGGGCCUCACUUUCUGAUCUUCCGGCUCCUCCACGUGCUUGUAUGAGAAGAAUGAAUUUUCUGAAUGCUAACUUAAGAUUUAGGAAAGCUGUGAAUAGACUCUGUACCAUGCUUAGUGAACAAUAUGCGAAACAGCUGGAGAAGUCUCAGAACUUGUCAUCAAAUAAAGAUGAUUGCAGACUGUUUGUGCAAUCCCAGUCUAGUAAAGGCGUUCACAACAGUUUUACUCCAGAUGUUGAAAUUCACAUGAGUAGUCUAAAUGGAGAAGUGUGGGACAACUUCGAGAAUAAAAGUAUUGAGACAGCCCUUGAUGAGAUCCUGCGCUGCAAGAAGAUGGCCAAGCUGGAUGCCUCCUCACAAAAUGAUCAAUCGCAAUAUGAAGAUUGGAAUAGAUAUGAAUCUCGAGAAAAUGGAAAAACUACAGCAGCUAUUCCUAGUGAGAUUAUUCAGAGCCAUCACGGGAAGCCCCAUACAUUUUCUUCCCAAAGAUCAUGUCUUGAUAUGAAAUUUUCUAGGUUUCUAAACAACAGGCCUAGUAGUUAUGGACAAGUAUACGAAUCACUGGCUGUUUCAAAUGCCGUCGAGCUAUUUAAGCUUGUUUUUUUAAGCACUGCUACCAAUCCACAGGCACCAAAUUUAUUAGCAGACAUUCUUCGGCAUUACUCAGAGCAUGAUCUAGUUGCAGCUUUUAACUACCUUAGAGAGAAGAAAAUAAUGGUUGGGGGCAAUGGCAGUGAUGAACGAUUUGAACUAUCACUGCGGUUCUUGGAUAGUAUUUCUAAGUCACCAUUUCCAUUUGAUACUGGAAAGCAAGCUGUUAAAUUUUCUGCGUGGCUGAAGGAAAGGGACAAAGACCUUACUGAAAUGGGGACUGAUCUUGUUGAAGAUCUUCAAUGUGGGGACACUUUUCAUUUGUUUGCUUUGAUCUCAUCAGGAGAACUUUCAAUUUCACCAAGCUUACCUGAUAAUGGUGUUGGAGAAGCUGAUGACUUGAGAAGUGGCAAGCGUAAACCUGAUGCUAGCGGGUCUUCCUUUAGUGACAAAGCCAAAAAACUGAAAUCCUCGUUUGGAGUAGAGGGUGAAAUUAUUUCUCGCCGGGAAAAAGGUUUUCCUGGUAUAAUCAUUUCUGUUCACCGCACAGAAGUUUCAAAAGCUGACAUUUUAGAUUUGUUCAAGGAUAAUGAUAACAAUAACCAACAUUUCAAUGGGAAUGUUCAAUUAGACAUGGGCCAAAAUAGUAAUUAUUCACUUACUGAUCAUAUGUUGGAAACCUUUAACUCAUGUGACCCAGUACCUGAGGAAAAAGAUCAUAUUGAAUCACCCUGGGAAUCUAUGGCAGGGUAUGUUAGACGUUUGAUGAAGGUACCUUAUAGUCAAGAACAAGAAUGUGCUGUGUGUGCUGAGGUCUUUGUGGUUGUUUAUGCUGCCAUCCAGAAGGCUGGUGACCAAGGAUUAAGCAUGGGAGAAAUUCACCAAGUUAUAAACUUGCCAGGAGCAGACAUAGAUGGACUGAUUGUUGAUGCUCUUCAAGCAUUUGGAAAAGCUUUAAAGGUCAAUGCUUAUGAUUCUGUUCGUAUUGUUGAUGCUCUAUACCGUCACAAGUACUUUAUGACAACUGUGUCUGGUUUUCAUCCUGUUGUUCAACCUUCCUCAAACAAGACCAUUAAGAAAAGUGAUAAUACAUGCCAGCUUCCCAAAUCAAAAGAAAGCAACUCUGCUUCUGCUGAGGUUCUAAGGGAAAGAAACUCUGCCCUUGAUAAUGUGCACAAAGUGACAAUUCUUAAUCUUCCACAAGAGGACGUGGAUCCUGAAAAUAAAGCUUGUGAUAGGAAUGAAGGUUGCAUGCAAGACAGACCUGGCUCGUCGAGAGGUGACCAUGAGAAAGAAAUGGUUAAAGUUUCUUCUGGUGAGUUAUGUAUGCCAAUAUUGCCAUGGAUAAAUGGAGAUGGGACUGUCAAUAGCAUUGUUUUCAAGGGACUCAGACGUCGCGUUCUUGGAAUAGUGAUGCAGAACCCGGGGAUAUUGGAGGAUGAUAUUCUACGCCAGAUGCAUAUGUUGAAUCCACAGAGCUGUAGAACUCUUUUGGAAUUGAUGGUUCUGGAUAAACUCCUAAUUGCGAGGAAAAUGUACCAAAAUAUAUUUGGCGGAGGCCCCUCCAUGCUACAGAAUCUUAUUGGAAGUAAAUCAUGUCAACGGAAGUGGAUUUGCGCAGAGCAUUUCUUUGCCAAUCCUAUGAGUACUUCGUUGUUGUAGGGAAUAUGUGGUAUUGGAUAUGUAAAAUAGAUAGUUAUCAUGUAUAUAUAUAUAUAUAUAUAUAUGAACAAACACAUGGAUAGGCGAUUUCGGAUACUAGUACUAGUCUUGAAGUUCAUAUAUUUUGGAGAAUCACAACCUAGAUAACUUGUAAUACUAGUAUAUGUUAAGCUUAUGAGCUUUCAGAACUCUGAUCUGUCUUAAGAAUAUGUUCAAUGUUGAAGUUGAAAAAGAGUCAGUGUUAUUAAAACAGGCCA